AUGACUGAUUAUCCUGGAUAUAUUUACGCUACUACUAUCGCCUUGGGAGGUGUUUUUGGUUAUGUAAAAGCAGGGAGUAUACCUUCUUUGUUUUUCGGUUUAACUUUUGGCGGGUUGGCGGCAUAUGCUGCAAAUCGAACUAGUGUUAAUCCAAAGAAUGCAAUUCUAGCAUUCGUCGUAUCAUCAGUGUUGUUUAUUGUAAUGGGUGUUCGUUUCUAUAAAAGUGGAAAAUUUAUGCCAGCUGGCUUUGUCUCCACUCUUAGGUGA